UCCCCGCGUUUGCAGCGCGGAGGUGUGGGGUAGCAGCUGAGGAUCCCAUGCUUCUCAACAGCUCCUACCUCGGAUGGGAUUCGAAGCUGGGCCUGGAUGCUUAAUGCUUACUUGAGCUGCUGAUAUCUCUCCUUCUUCACUAAGCUUCUCUCCUGUACAAUUGUGGUAAUGAAGAAGAAAGUUACAGUAUGAUUCGCCCGGUAUUUCGAUUCAAUAGCCCACGGGCCUGUGCGCUUGUGCUUCGUGGAGUGCAAAGACGGGGACUUCUCACUUCGUCGUAUGCCCAGGGACCAACAGAGCCACCGCUACUCGACCAAACAAUUCCCGAGCAUUUCGCAUCUAUCGUCUCGAAACAUGGCGACCAGAACGCGGUGAUCUCGCGCGCCCAACAGACGCGACUCACGUAUGAGGAGCUAGACCAGAGGAGCAGCUCUGUCGCAGCAGGGCUCCAGGCACAGGGUGUAAAGAAAGGCAUGCGAGUGGCUGUUAGCUUGGGAAACAACAUCGAGUUUGCAGUGACAACAUAUGCCUUGUUUAAGCUCGGAGCGAUUUUGGUUCCGCUGAACCCAGCAUUCAACUCCCCUCAAGUUAUCUCUGCCCUGUCGCAUCUCUCAGCAACACAUCUCAUAAUCGGGACCGAGACCAACCUCCCUUUCAAACCUCCCCGAGAAAAUAUAUCGCUGCUCAAACAGAUUUCCCCAGAUCUCACAUCGGGAUCUAUCAAGUCUGCCUCCGUUCCAUCCCUCCAGAAAGUCAUCCUCGUCGACAACUCCGCCGGGCGCCUCGAUGUCUCAGACUUCAAAUCCACAACCUCCUUCAACGACCUCCUAUACACGCAAACACCCCAAUCGAUAACCCCAGACUCUCCUCUCCACCGAGACGACAUCAUCAACAUUCAAUUCACAUCUGGCACCACCGCCCUCCCCAAAGCCGCCUGCCUAAGCCACACCGCCAUCCUCAACAACGGCUACUUCAUUGGCUUGCGCAUGGGCCUCACCCCCGCGGACAUCAUCGUCUCCCCACCCCCCCUCUACCACUGCUUCGGCUCGAUCCUCGGCUACAUGGCCUCCGCCACGCACGGCUCCUCGAUCGUCUUCCCCAGCGAAGCCUUCUCGCCCUCCGCCACCCUCCUCGCCGUCCAAGAAGAGCGCGCCACCGCCCUCUACGGCGUCGCCACCAUGUUCACCGCCGAGCUCGAACUCCUCUCCAACGGCACCAUUGAAGACAAAGGCUUCGAGCAUCUACGCACUGGCAUCGCUGCCGGCUCCUCCGUCCCCCCCGUCCUAAUGGGCAAGCUGCACGACCGCCUCAACCUCACCGGUCUGACAAUCUGCUACGGCAUGACCGAAACCGCACCCGUAUCAUGCAUGACGACUCCCGAUGACCCGCUCCAGAAACGCCUGGACAGCGUAGGCCGUCUCCUCCCGCACGUACACGCCAAAGUCGUAUCCGUGACCGAUCCAGGCCGCGUCGUCCCCAUCGGCGAGUGCGGCGAGCUCGCCAUCGCUGGCUACAACGUCAUGAGCGGGUACUGGGGUGACGAGGCGCGGACGGCCGAGGUUCGCAAGACGGAAACGGAUGAGCAGGGUCGCGAGGCUGUGUGGAUGUAUACGGGUGAUGAGGCGCAGAUGGAUGCUGAUGGGUAUGUGCAUAUCACGGGCAGGAUUAAGGAUUUGAUUAUUCGUGGGGGCGAGAAUAUUCAUCCGCUGGAGGUGGAGAAUGUGUUGUUUGCGCAUCCGCAUGUGAGUGAGGCGAGUGUGGUGGGGAUUCCAGAUGAGAAGUAUGGGGAGUGUGUUGCGGCGUUUGUGGUUGUGCAUGGGGGGGUGAGGGUGGAUGAGGGGGAUGGAGAGGGAGGUGGGGAGGGUGAGGGUCCUAUGGUUACGAAGCAGGAGUUGAGGGAGUGGGUGAGAGGGAAGCUGUCGGGGCAUUUGGUCCCGAAAUAUAUAUUCUGGACGAAGAACUAUCCCAAGACGCCGUCGGGGAAGAUCAAGAAGUUUGAGUUGAAGACUGAGGGUAUCAAGCUUCGAGAUGCAGGGAAAGGAUUGUAAAGGUUGUACAUAGCAGCGAUGUGCAUAUUCCCAUUUAUAAAGUAUAUACAGAACCAUAUUCAAAAAUA